AUGGUUGUUCUUUCUGAAUAUAUCGAAGUAUCAUCUUCUUCAUCUUCUAAAGAUCAUAAAUACGAUGUAUUUUUAAGUUUUCGGGGUGUUGAUACUCGAUAUGGUUUCACUGAUCAUCUCCAUAAGGCCCUCCUGGAUGCCAACAUCUCUACCUUUUUGAAUGAUGAAGAGAUUGAAACCGGAGAUCUUAAACCAGAAUUAGAGAGUGCGAUUAAAUCAUCUAGGGUUUCUGUUAUCGUGUUGUCAAAGAAUUAUGCUAAUUCAUCAUGGUGCUUGGAUGAAUUGGUGUUGAUACUUGAGCAACGAAUGUCAUCCAACCAAAUUGUUAUCCCCAUCUUCUAUCAUGUUGAGCCCACCCAUGUCAGGAAGCAACAAAGUACCUUUGGACUUUCAAUGGCUAAACACAUACAGAAGAUGGAGGGAGAGACAAAUGCAAAUAAAAAAAGUCAUUUGGCUCAAAAGAUUGAUGGAUGGAUUCGAGCGCUUACUGAAGUUGCUAAUUUGAAAGGGGAGAACGCAAAUGGCAGUUUCAGGCGAGAGACUGAGUUGAUUGAAGAAAUUGUUAAGGAGAUCUAUCGCAGAUUAUGUGUAUCCUCAAGGAGACCUCUGCCACAACUUUUUGGGGUGGACUCUUCUAUCAAAUUUGUCAGUUCAUGGUUAAGAGAUGCAUCCUCACAAACGACAGAUGUUCUCACUAUUUUAGGCAUGGGUGGGAUCGGGAAGACGUCUUUAGCCAAAUAUGUCUAUGGGUUACAUUCUCAUGAAUUCGACACAAGCAGCUUUAUUGAAGAUAUUAGUAGGAGAUGUGGUGAAAAAUUUAAUGGGUUGCUUGAUUUACAAAAACAACUCUACCAUGACAUUUCAAAAAUAAGUUCGAUUCAAGUUCAUGAUGUUUCCAUAUACACCUCAAAGAUAGAGAAUGCAGUAGCCCAAAAAAAGGUAUUUAUAGUUCUUGAUGAUGUAGAUAGUCUUGACCAGUUGGGCGCAUUAAUCGGAAGCAAAGGUUUUCAUCUUGGAAGCAAAAUCAUUAUAACAACAAAAGACGCGUGGGUGACAGAGAGUUGUGCACUAUUCAAAACAAAUGUUAAACCAAGACAUGCAAAGCACUUGCUCCAAGUCUUAUCUGAGACUGAAUCAAAAAAACUUUUGUGUUUUCAUGCAUUCAUGUGCAACGAUCCUAAGGCAGGUUAUGAAGAGGUGUUAGAAAAGUUUGUGAAGUAUUGUGAAGGACAUCCAUUGGCUCUUGAAGUUUUGGGCAAGUCACUAUAUAAUCGAGAUGUAGCUUAUUGGGAAGGGUGCAUAGAAGGGCUAAAGAAAGAAAUCGGUUCCCACAUAAGUAAUGUCUUGAGAAUGAGCUUUGACUCUUUGCCAUCCAAAAAUGAUCAAGACUUAUUUAAGCAUAUUGCAUGUUUUUUUGUUGGGAUGGAUAAAGAUAUUGCUGAAACAAUAUUAAGGGCAUGUCGUAUAAACACAAGAUCUGGGAUCCCGAAUCUCAUUGAUAGAUGCCUACUUAGUAUCGGAUGGAAUAAUGAAUUCAAGAUGCAUCAGUUGCUUCAAGAGACAGGAAGAUUCAUAGUACAUCAAGAAUCGCCUGACAAGCCAUGGAAGCGAAGUCGAUUAUGGUGUCAUGAGGAGUCAUUCAAAGUGUUGAAACAAAAAAAGGCUAAGGAAAAUCUUCUAGGCCUUGCCCUUGAUAUGCGAAUGCUUGAGAAAGAGAAGCUGCGUGCAUCGUUUGUGCUGAAAACAGAUGCAUUGAGUAACAUGGAUAAUUUGAGGCUACUACAACUCAAUUAUCUGAACAUUAGUGGGUCUUAUGAGAAUUUUCCAGAAGAAUUGAGAUGGUUGUGCAUGCAUGGGUUCCCUUUAAAGUUAAUGCCUUUAGACUACCCGAUGGAGAAUCUGGUUGUUCUCGACAUGUCAUAUAGCAAUAUUCAAUCAUUUGCCAUUUAUGAUAGUAAUCCACACCGAGUUGAGAAGAGCCGAAAGCAGUGCUUAAAAGACAAAAGGUUGCUUGGAUCAUUAAAGAUUCUUAAUUUAAGUUUUUGUGAAGAGCUUUGUAGUAUAGGUGGCUUUGAGGAACUCCCAGCACUUGAGAGGUUAAUAGUUACAAAUUGCAUUGGUUUGGUUGAGCUUUGUGAAUCAAUUGAGGCAUGUGUCGAACUCUUCCUCAUUGAUCUUAGCUACUGCAACAAGCUUGAAAAACUUCCAAGAACCAUAAACAUGUUAAAGAAGGUUACCACACUAUUGCUAGAGGGUUGUAAUCUCGGUGAAUCUCAAAUGGAGAUUAUGGAUAUGGAUUCACGAGAAAUUGUCAAGGCUAAAACCUCUUCCUCCGCCGUUUUGGAUGCUAUACCAAGUGAUUUGAAAUUCUUUGCGGCUUCUUUACCAAGCUCUUUAGUAAGAUGA